GUUUUAUAUUCAUUUUCCUCUCUUAUUCUCUUCUUCCAGGAGAUUUCCAGAACUGCAAGCAAGUGAGAGAAAAGGGGGAGAUUUUUAUUCUCUUGUGUAAAAUCACUGGUUCACAUUGUUUCAUUCAAUUUUUCUUGUGGGUUUAUUACGUUGACCGCAUUCAUUGAAGGGAUCUGAAAUAUUCUUUUGAUCGGUUUUUGGCUUUAGCAAGUUCUGUGGGCGAUCUUGUCUGGGUUUUCUUAGUGAAUACUAUUCAAAGAUGGUUUUUUUCUUUUCACAAGACGCCAUUUGGUGCCGCGAAGAAGGUUAAAGAACAAGGGAAGGAAGACUCUGUUUUUACAGAUCGCCUGGAAUCACUAUUGUAGAAGAUCUAAAGACUCUUCUCUGCGAGUCAAACUCAUUUCUGUAACGGAACAAGAAAAAUAAAAUUUUUUAAAAAGUAAGAGUUUUGAAGAUGAUGAAGAUGAAGACUAAAACCACAGGGCUGUCACCUUCCCCGAUGAUGAAUGGUAGCUCAGCUGGUGGAGCUCCGCCUGAGCCUCUGGCUUAUGAUUGGGAACUAAGACCAGGUGGAAUGCUUGUACAGAAACGAAACCCGGAUACUGAUCGGACCUCUGCUCCACCACCGACAAUUAGAGUUCGGGUCAAAUACGGGUCUGUUUACCAUGAAAUGCAUAUCAGUUCUCAAGCUACAUUUGGGGAGUUGAAGAAGAUGUUGAGUGGACCAACGGGGUUGCACCAUGAGGAUCAAAAGCUGAUUUAUAAAGAUAAAGAGAGAGAUUCAAAGACUUUUCUUGACAUGGCGGGUGUGAAGGACCGAUCAAAAAUUGUGCUUGUUGAGGACCCAAUUAGUCAAGAGAAACGUUUACUUGAGAUGAGAAAGAAUGCCAAAAUGGAGAAGGCUUCGAAAUCCAUCUCCCAAAUUAGCCUGGAAGUUGACCAGCUCGGAGGCCAGGUGUCUGCUCUUGAAUCUAUCAUCACUAGAGGAGGGAAAGUGACAGAAAAAGAUGUUCUUGGUCUAACUGAGUUGUUGAUGAAUCAACUGCUUAAAUUGGAUGGAAUUAUGGCUGAUGGAGAUGUAAAAUUGAAGAGGAAAAUGCAGGUGAAAAGAGUGCAAAAGUAUGUUGAAACUCUGGAUAUGUUGAAGAUGGAAAACUCUAUGCCAAAUAGCAAUGGAGUUCAAAGAUCAUUGCAGAAUCAACAAAGGCAUUUAAAUGGCCAACCAAGGCUUUCCAAUGGGCAUAGACUAGAGCCAAUUCAAGAGCAGCAAGCUAGGCAUUCUUUUGAGCAUUUAUCAAUACAUGAGCAACAUCAGCAACAACAACAUCAACAAUCAAGGCAUUCAACAGCAGGAUCAGUUGUCGUUACCACGAAAUGGGAGACCUUUGAUUCUAGCCCCGCAUUGCUGCCAGUUCCCUCAACAUCCAGAUCUGCCACUCCCGUCAUCAAUAAUAAUUCAGCCCAACCUAAAUUCCCCUGGGAAUUCUUUGACUAAGGCCGGCCUAUGCCUUGUAUUUGUUUUUUUGCGUGUCGAUGUGCUUCGGGUUUGUUACUCAUGUUGGUUUGCAUCUGUUCUUCAUUCUUUUCUGUAUCUAGAUUCUAUUAGCACCCCCUUUAAUCUGUUUCUCAGUUCACUAGAAAUAAAUGGGGUUGCUACAAUAGUGAUUAGUAUGAAAAUAUUACUCUAUUCCAUUAUUUUUCGGCUUCAUCGUCUGUCUUUCGAUCCAUUUGUAUGGUUCAGUUGUCUUGCUGAAGAUCUUUAUGUUAGGAUUGAAACUUGUUCAGAUGAAGGAGAGGUGUAAUUUGGAAUCCAGUAAUCCCAGAUGUAAAAUGAUGCAGCAUCUUCUUUCUCUGUCACUCUGAAUAAACAAAUUUCAAUCAUGGUUUUA